AUGCAUUUCAAGAGCCUUCUUGGCCUUGUGGCUGUUGCCCAGGCCUCCCCCCACCUGCUCGGCCUCGACGCCGAUGUUUCCCUCGGAAAGGGUCUCGAUGUUAACGCCGGUGUCGAUGUCGGUCACGCUGUGAACGCUGACGUUGGUGCCAAGGUCGGUGGUGCUGCUGGUGUUGACGCUGAUGUUAACGCUGGUGUCGGACACGGUGUUAACGCUGAUGUCGGUGCCAAGGUUGGCGAUGGCAUCAAGGCUGGCGUCAACGCUGAGGUCGGCGAUGGUGUCAAGGCCGGUGUCAAGGCUGAUGUUGGUGGUGCUGCCGGUGUCGACGCCGAUGUCAAGCUUGGUCUCGGCUCCAACGACAAGGUCUCCAAGACCAAGGGCGCCGCUACCUGCCCCCUCUCCCACUCCUGGGAAGACCGCACCCUCUUCAACGGUGUUGCCGCCCCUGCCUCCGCCAACGGCGCCGCCAUCAAGCUCGGCCUCAACCUCCCCAAGGCUCAGAUCGAGGGUGACGCCACUAUCGACCUCGUCAAGGACUUCCUCCAGGAGCCUCGCGUCCGCAUUGGCCUCGGUGGUGUGAAGGCCUACGUCGAGGUUGACAUUUCUGCCUCUGCUGCUGUCCACGAGUCUAUCGAGCUUUUCGCUUCUCCUGCUCUUAACAUUGAGAUCCCUGGUCUUCUUGAGGCUGAGGCCGGUGCUGCUGUCGCUCUUGACCUUGUUGUCGGAGUUGACGCUGCUGUUGACCUGUCUGCUGGUGUCUACCUUGCUUUCGGCCCUGAGGCUUUCGUUGAGGUUUCUCUCCUUACCAAGGACAUCGUCGAUGUUUCUCUUGAGGGUCUUGUCACCAAGGCUCUUCCCCUCGGUGUUGGUGCUGAAGUUGAUCUGUCCGCUGACAUCAACCUCCAGCUUGGUCUCCGUCUCCGUGCUGAGGUUGAUCUUGAGGCCGAGCUCGACAUCCCCGUUCUUGAGAUCGAGGCUGGUGCCAAGGUUGCUGUCUGGGUUUCUCUCUUCGAGUACACUGCCGCUCUCAUUGCCACCGACAACUGCGCUGUUUCCGUCGACGAAGUCAUUGCUCUUACUCUCGGUCUCGCUGUCGACCUUGACGUCGAGGUUGGCGACAUUCUCGACCUCAGCCUUGCCCCUACUCUGACCGUUGAGCUCGCUACUGCUGCCAAGGCCAAGGUCUGCAUGCCCAACCGUGGCCAGACUGGUGCUUUCCUCGAGCUUGAGGGCAAGGACGGUGACAAGUCUGACAAGUCCGAGACCCGAACCAUCUCUCUUGCUACUGCCGGCGCUGGAUCUGACGUUACCGAUGCCUACGACCUCCCCAUUGCCACUGGUACCAACGGCUCUCCCGUCUACGGCUCUGCUGCUAAGCCUGUCACUACCGCUGCUCCCUCCGUCCACGGUAACGGCACCAUCGGCGAUGUCACCCGCACUCUUACUUCCACCCAGGUCUACACCGUCACCAGCUGUGCUGCUUCCGUCAUCAACUGCCCUGCUCGCUACACCCAGAAGGUCGUCACCUCCACCAUCAUCAAGAGCACCUACGUCUGCCCUGCUACCGAGACUGGUGUCCCUGCUAUGACCACCGCCACCCACGCUGCCCCCAAGCCUGUCACCACCAUCACCGACACUCUCACCACUGUCGUCCCUUGCAAGACUCGCAAGACCAAGACCUUCCAGCCUCCUACCACUCCUCCUCCUGCUCCCACCGUCACCAUUGUCGAGAGCACCACCUACUGCCCUGAGAACCCUAAGACCACUGGUGUCGCUUCUGGUACCACUGAGGCUCCUCAGAAGCCUACCCACGAGGUCCCCACUCCCGGCAAGCCUACCAAGCCCACCUACGAGACCCCCGAGAAGCCUACUCACGAGGUUCCCACUCCUGAGAAGCCCACUGGCGACAAGCCCGUCCUCCCUCCUGCCGCCACCGUUCCUUACCCUCCUCCCGGUAACGGAACUGUUCCUACUCCUCCUCCUGUUGCCCCCAGCUCAUGGGUCGUCCCUCCUCCUGUCUACGAGACUCCCGUUGCUCAGCCUCCUCACUCUGCUGUUCCUCCUCCUCCCCAGGCUCCUCCUGCGGUUCCCACCAAGCCUGUGUACCCUCCUCCCGCUGCUGGAACUCCUCCUACCGUCCCUACCCCUCCCGUUGCUGUGAGCGGUGGUAGCAUUGUCCGCAGCGGCCUCUUGAUGGCUGUUCCUGCCGUCAUUGCUGUCUUCAUGUAG